AUGGAAGAAGAAAUUCAAAUUUAAAGUAGACAAUAAAGUUUCUAAAUGUAAAUAUAUGAUAGUAAUUUAUCAUCCACAGAAGAAUUUUAGUCUUCUGAAAAAAAUAUUCCAUUAGAAUUGUAGAUAAUACCAAUUAAGGUUCAUAAGUCAAUAGUAAAAUCUAAAAGAUAUUAAAGGAAGGGCUUUGUUGUUAAAAAGCAAUUUGAAGUUGUUCCAAUUUUAACUAAAUAAAUUUAGUCAGCUGCUAAGUACCUUUUAUUUGGGUUUUAAGAAAUUGAGACAUAUUACAAAGAUUACUCUGAUCCUUAUGAUUUUGAUUUAACAUCAUAAUUAAAUUGCAUUCAACAAGUAGAGUUAGUUGAAAAUAAUAAGACAAAAAAUGAGCUGCAAAUUUUUCUUAACAACCAAGGCAGUAGUGGUAUAACUGAUUUUAAUUUCCUAAUAAAUCACUUUAGCAGAUUUACAACUUAAGACUAUCAUAAGCUCUAGCAUAUUUAAGAUAUUAAAACUUAACUAAAUUAGAGGUUAGUAUCGCUUGAAGAUAUAUAAUAAUCUAGAGAAGAUUUUUUAUAAUUUGUAGAUAAUUUUGUAAAAUUAUAAAUUGAUUAAGGUAACUAUUUUUAUGCUUAUCAGUUAUAUAUGAUAGAUAUUGAUAGGAUGGAUAUUAAUACAGAUAGGAGAUGUGUAUCCUUAUCUUUAAUGAGUUUAUUAGGCGUAGAACCUGAAGAUUAUAGAUUAUUAUUAUUUAAUUAACUAAACUCCUUUUAAAUAACUUUUGGUAAAGAUAGGCUGAAUAACAUAUUAGACAGUUUAGAUAUGAUUGUAAACAAUAAAUUGAGCAUAACAAAUGACUAUCAAAUGUGCACUAUAGAUGAUAUAGUUAUUCCAACUAAGGAGUCAUUUGAAAUUGUCCAUUGGAAGGAAAGGCCUAAAUGGGCAUCUACAUAUGAUUAUACUAUUAUAUUUCAAAAGUUCGAUAUUACUGCUGAUUAAAUAUAACAUGUCAUUAAUGAGAGAUCUCAAAAAACAGAAAUUUAGGUAGAUGAAGAAUUUAAAGAAAGUAUUAAAUUAGAAUAUGUUAUUUAAAGUGAGAUUUUCAUAGAAAAAUUUUAUCCAGAUCUAUAUAAAUAGUUAUUGAAUAAAAAAUCAGUUAAACUAAUAAUCCUAAAUGAAGAAAAUAAUGUGGAUGAAGGUGGUAAUUAAAUAUUAAUUGAUUGA